AUGAUACCCCGGAUAGCGCUUUCGGCGCUUUUGUACGCCUCCACCGCAUUCGCAGUGUGCACCAAGCUCGAAGACUGUCCCCAGUUUGAGGCCCUCAAGACCGACGAAUGCCAAACCUACCAUCAUUUCCUCGCCCGCGGCUCUACCUCGCCAUACCCGGGCCACGUCAUCGAGACAGUCGGCAAAGUGUGCAAUGCGCUCAACACCAAGGAAAACCCCAAGGCCUGCGGAUAUGAGGAUGUGCAGUACUGGGCCAUGAACGGCGGAGAGCGAUGGUGCAUAUCGUCGCACGAGGGGGCUAUGAAUGGCGCCGAGCAGAUGAGGAACUACACUGCGAGGUGUCCGGACAGCCACCUCAUUGUGAUGGGUUUCAGCCAGGGUGGAAGUGUCGCGCUCGACGUCCUCGGUGGUGGUGGCGGUCCACUCUGGGGAUGCACUCAGGAAGACAACCCACCCAUGAACAUCUCAAGUGCGCCCGGAUCCAAGGUCGUAGCAGCACUUGCUUUCGGUCCCACGCGACGUUCCGCAAACCAGUCCUUCACCCACGGCGGCGGCGAGAUCUCGGAUGGCGGCGCACCACGAACCGCGGAGCAGAACGCCGGUCUCCAACCCUACGCUGACGCUGGCAAGCUCCGCGAGUACUGUCAGCCUGGCGACCCUAUUUGCGCACCCCAUACCAAGGACAAGGACAUGUCCAAGCACCUGAACUACUUCGACCUGUUCGGUGACGAGGCAGCACAAUGGGUCAUUGACCUCGCAAAGAAAGCCGAGAGUGGAGACCGAACCUCAGGCGCGAAGAGUAUGCUCCACCAGACCGUCUCGCACCCCAUUGCCAACGUCUUCGUCCUGAUCUUCGUGCUAUUCGCCAUAUAUUUUGCAGUGAGGAAGUUCGCCGUAUGGAAGACCACACGCUUCCCCAUGUACACCCGCGUCAGCUCGACCGAAUCCGUAUGA